AUGCAGUACGUUCCUUUCGCCUCGGACAUCGAAAUCCCCUUCUACGCCUCCUUGGCAUCGCACAAGAUCAACCAUGACAAGCUCGACGACUCGGCCCGGAAGCUGUUGGGCCUCUACGAGAUCCGUCCCGCCGACAAUAAGGAGCACUCUUGCCGCAUGCAAAUCCAUGCCAAUGCCCUGACGAGCGACGAAGUCCCCGCCGGCUUCUACCGUGCCGAGGGCAUGAUCAAGAAUGUCAACACGAUCGAGGAGUACCGCAACAUCGACAAGUUGGCCAUGAUUCAACAGGCUGGCAAGACCAUCUGGGAUGCCAUCAACGACGGCACCAUCUACUCGUGCCCCAGCCUCCUGGCCUCCUUCCUGGUCCUCAGUUACGCAGACCUCAAGAAGUACAAGUUCAACUACUGGUUUGCGUUUCCCGCCUUGGUCAUGGAUCCACCUUGGGUACCAGUGGCGAGUAGUGGCGGCCUUGCAAGUCCAGAGACCGGAAUCCCUUACAGGAAACUGAACUCGAUCGAAAGCACCACGCUAGUAGAUCACGUCCAGACCUGGAAAUACUCCGUGGACUCAAGACAGUAUGGGUUCUUCCUAGUCAAAAAGGCGCGGGAUGGUCCUCUGGGGCUCCAGUCCCCCAAUCCCGCCGACGAGGACUUCGGGCCUACUUCUCCUCAGUCGCCUCUGACUCCAACGUCAAGUCUUGGCUACACGUGGCAGGUAGCCUCUCUGUCGAGCUUUGACACCGGCUUCUUUGAUGGUGUUGACCCAGAAGACUGUUUCGUCGCGUUUGCCGAUCCUUCCAACUACGCCGAGCCAGGUCCCGUGGCGCCGGGGUGGAUGCUACGAAACCUUCUGGUCCUGAUCCGGCAAAGGUGGAAACUCGACAAGAUACAAAUUCUUUGCUACCGUGAGACGCAGAUGCGACGAGACGCCGCGCGAAGCGUCAUCCUUAACAUGGAGUUAUCCAAACAGCCGUCCAAAUCCAGUAACGCUGGAGAAGCAGCGCAACCACAAGACUAUUCACAGACCAUGCCCAAAGUCGUAGGCUGGGAACGCAACGCGCUGAAUAAACUCUCGGGCCGCGUCGCCGACCUCACCGAAUACAUGGACCCGACCAAACUCGCCGACUCGUCCGUCGACCUCAACCUGAAACUGAUGAAAUGGCGGAUCUCGCCGAACCUGAACCUCGAGAAGAUCAAGGAGACGAAAUGUCUCUUGCUCGGCGCCGGUACGCUCGGGUCGUAUGUCUCGAGGAACUUGAUGGGAUGGGGAGUCAGGCACAUCACGUUCGUGGACAACGGGAGUGUCUCGUUUUCGAACCCGGUGCGACAGCCGUUGUUCACCUUCCAGGACUGUCUCGAUGGAGGCAAGAAGAAGGCCACCGCUGCAGCCGAGGCCCUGAAGACGGUCUACCCCGGCGUUCAGUCCGCGGGCCACGUGUUGAGCGUCCCCAUGGCAGGACACCCGAUAACGGACCUUGAGAAGACGAAAGCGGAAUACGACACGUUAAAAAGGCUGGUGGACGAGCACGACGCCAUUUUCCUGCUGAUGGACACGAGAGAGUCGAGAUGGUUGCCGACCGUCAUGGGCAAGGCCAAGGGCAAGAUCGUCAUGAACGCUGCGUUGGGCUUCGACACCUACGUGGUCAUGCGGCACGGCGUCAAAGCCGCGCCCACCCUGCCCGGCACGCAGAGAGAGGAAGCACAGAAGCAGAAGCAGAACCAGGGCCAGGGAGACCUGGGCUGCUACUUCUGCAACGACGUCGUCGCGCCGGCCGACUCGAUGAAGGACCUGACCCUGGACCAGCAGUGCACCGUGACGCGGCCGGGCAUUGCGGCCAUCGCCUCGGCCCUGCUGGUCGAGCUCUUCGUCUCCAUCGUGCAGCACCCGCGCGGAGCCGCCGCGCCGUCUUCCGUGUCUCCCACGGACGACGACAACAACGGCAGGGGCGACCACCACCCGCUCGGGCUCGUCCCGCACCAGGUGCGCGGCUUCCUGGCCACCUUCUCCAACAUGAACAUCACCGGCACGGCCUACACGUACUGCAGCGCCUGUUCCGAGAAAGUCCUCGACGCGUACGAGGCCGACGACUGGGGCUUUGUCCAGAGGGCGCUCAACGAGAGGGGCUACGUCGAGGAAGUCAGUGGACUCAAGGAGGUGCAAAGGCUGGCCGAGGAGGCCGCCCGGGAUAUCGAGUUUAGCGAGGAGGAUGAGGAGGGCGCCGAGGAUGAAGAGGGGGAAUUGGUCUGA